CCAGAAACAUGACAAAUGUGUGUUUACACACUCUCUUCCCCCACAAUAACAAAGCAGGCUAUGGCCUUCAAUAUCUAUGACGCUUGUGUGCAAAAUAAGAUGAAUCACUAACUACACCUAAUAGUGCAGGAAUGUGUUUUCCGAACCGACUAGAGAACAGGUUGGCUUGUGGUAACAAGCUCACUGCUGAUUGCAUCACAUCCGAGAGAGAGAAUGGGAGAGGGUGGUGUUUUUAUCGUAGUGUGACCGGUGCUUCCACGGAGAACUCUGGGAAAUGACUCUUGUACUACUCCUGAUUUUGGCAUUGACAGCUAGCUGGACUGGACUUGUUAAAUGUGAAGAGCAAGAAACCCCAGAAUUUUUGGAAGUAACAACUCCCAUUGCAGGAGACAAAGAAGACAUAGAGAAUCACGAGGAUGCAGCAGGCUCUGGAGAUGACACAAAUCAAGAAAACAAGGAUUUAGACCCCGCAACCAGGCUUAACUCAGUAAAUGAUGCAGAAAAAGAUCCAACUGCUGAGACAACUGAAGAAACAGAUGCAGAAGAUCUAAACUUAGUCAUCAUCAUCAUACCAUUGGCCCUCAUACUCAUCCUCAUCUCUAUGAUUGUGUGUGGAGUCAUUGUCUACCGCAGACGGAGAACAAAAGCUGUUGCCACAGAAGAAGAUCCUUAUUUGGAUAAUGAAGACCAUGAAAAAGUGCCAAUGCCCAUGUUUGAAGAUGAUAUUCCAUCGGUGAUGGAGCUAGAAAUGGAAGACCUAGAAAACUGGAUGUCAAAAGGAAACUGCUAUGGACGUGAUGCUGUUCUCACAGUACCUUCCUGAUGUGCCCCCAUAUCAGAUGUUGCACAGUGUACAUACAGUAUUUAGAUAUAUAGGUAAAUGUAAAUCAGUUACUGCUAAGAAAAACUUUAACAGUUUGAGAGUUUUAUAGUGCUAAUAUAAAUGUAAAAGAAAACACUGGUGAAAAUGAGCUAAAAUGUGACCCUGCCUGUAAAAACCCAGCUGAAUUUUUUUUGUGAUUUACUGUUUUCUGCAUUAAAUCACCCUACAUAAUGUAAAGAACAACAUAACCUUGAUAUCUUUAAUAUUGACCGAGUAUGGCCAUGAAAUUGAAGUGAAAUCAAACUUUAAUGCUCCUAAUCUCAUAAUUAAAUUGGGACUUUAGCAUGGAUUUCACAGACAGGGUCACACAUAUUAAACACUGCUGUUCAUUGCACAUUUUCCUUCUGGACAAAAAAGGACAUGACAUGAGAAAAUUAAUAGUCUGUUACACUGAUAAAGUAUAUACUCAGAUACUGUAAUUUAAUUUUGUCAACCAUCAUUUCAUCAUUGCGUGUAUAUAUAAAGACUUUAUUAAUAA